GCUGUCACUACCCACUACCUAAGCUCUUCUCACUCACUCAGUUAGUUGUUCCGAAAACCCUAAUUAUAAUUAAAUUUAAUUUCACCAUGGCACAGAAGCAAAAGCUGCGCCCUUCUCCUCUCGACGAGCCACCCACUGCUUCCUCUUCCGAUUCCGAGGAAGAAGAGCCACAACAACAACAACCAUCCUCCCAGAAGAACAAAGAAGAGGAAGACGAAGAAGUUUCCUCCGGAGAAGAAGAAGAAGAAGACGAAGAAGAAGAAGAAGCUGCUUCCUCCGAAGAAGAGGAAGAAGACGAAGAUCUCCCACCACCACCAGUUUCCAAAAACCCUCCACCCCCUCCCGCAAACCCUCAGCCCCAACACUCUUCCUCCGAAUCCGAAACCGAAUCAGGAUCCGAGACCGAAUCCGAACCUGACCCCACUCCCGUCAAGGUCAAGCCUUUAGCUUCCAAGCCCAUGGACCAGGCCCAAAAGCCCAAGGCCCAGCCCUCCCCGGCGCCACCCCCAAAAUUGACACUCAAGCGCCCCGCCGAGAACAACAACAACAACGCCCGCGUCGCCGACUCCAAACGCGCCAAGAAGAAAGCCACCGAAUCUUCUUCUGCCGCCAACUCCGCCGCGGCCGCUGCUUCUGACGACGAGAUGGAGGAGGACGGGAAGAAGUCCGGCGAUAACUCGAAGAAGUUUCAGAGACUGUGGAGCGAGGAGGACGAGCUCGCCAUUGUGAAGGGCGUGGUUGAGUUCACUUCGAAAACAGGGCUGGACCCUCUUAAGUUUCCCAAUACCAACGCUUUUCACGAUUUCGUGAAGAAGUCGCUUCACGUGGAAGUUUCCUGCAACCAGCUGAAGGAGAAGGUCCGAAGGCUCAAGAAGAAGUUUGAGACCCAGGCUGGAAAAGGGAAGAACGGAGAGGCCCCUAAGUUUUCCAAACCGCACGAUCAGAAAUUCUUUGAAUUGUCCAAAAAGGUUUGGGGACGUGAGGUUACUGCUGGAGCUAAUGGGGGCCCCGUGGAGAAGCCCAAGUCUAAUGGGAGUGCUGUCAAGAGUCCGAAGAAGAAGGAAAGCGGUAGCAGGAAUGUGGCUUCUGCUAAGAAACCGAAGCCUGAAUCAAAACCGGAGCCGGUUCCAGUGCUGUCCUUGGAGUAUAAGGAUUCUGAAAAGAUGCAGAUUAAUCAAAAGCCUGAUGGUGGUGAUGCAAGUUUGUUUUUGCGCGAAUUGGCUCGAUCCAAAGAGGGUGCGAGUAUUUGUAAGCUGGAUGAGGAUGAUGUGAAGAGGGGGUUGGAGUUGAUUGGAGAGUCAAAGAGGGCAGAGUUGAGGGGGAAGUGGAAGAAAUUACAUCUUGCUGAGAUGGAACUGUUUGCGAAUCGCUCAGAACUGAUAGGGGAGCAGACUAAGUUGAUACUUGAGGCGCUUCAGGCAUCCGAUCAUUAGGAUUUCUCAAUUUUGUUAGGCGGCCUUUUUGGUACUCUGUGCCGUAUAUUUUGUGACCUAUCCUCUAUGCAUUGUAAUCAUGUGGUUAUGGUACGUACAGUCUUUUAAUUCAGUGGCAGUAGCAGUGUUUAGUUAUUGACUUUAUGAAAAUAUCUUGCUUCAGAAGUUUCAAGGAAUUUUGUUUCAAAUGAUUCUCUAUAAUUUAUAACUUAUUUUGAAUUGGAA